UGUCUAUCCCUUCUGCCUGCAACAUUUCCUUAUUGCUCACUUUCACUACGGGAUUAGUGAAUUUACCAACUGACCCCCUGACCCACGGUCCGGCCCUCGUCGUCUCUGCCCAAAAAAUGUGCGGCGCCUUCGACGUUGCGUGCACGGGCUCUGUGAUGCAUCCCAACCGGUGCCAGUCAAAGUCCCCGAUAGCACCGCAAAAAUGGCACCCGACCUUUCGCCGCUUUCCACACCUCGGAGGGCACGCCCAGCAACACCACAAGCGAGACGCACGAAGCAGAGCGAGUCGAGCCAGAACAAGUACAUGAACAUGCUCCCGGUAACUACCAUACUACAUACAAUAAAGUUCCCGGAUGUGGCCCG